AUGUUUUCCACCGACUAUCCACCAUCACCCACCUCGUCCGAAGCAGACAUGGAUGCCAUGACCGCUCACGUUGAAAACAGGCCCUACCAUGAGGCUUUCAUGCGCGAGGCCAUCAACAUGCUGGCACUGGCCUCUGAUGAAACUCCCGUCGGCUGUGUCUUUGUUCACGAUGGAAAGAUCAUCGCCAAGGGAAUGAACGGCACCAAUGUCACCAUGAAUGGAACCCGCCAUGCCGAAUUCGUGGCCCUGAGCCAGAUCCUAGCCGAGCACAAGCCAGACAUUCUUCAAGAGACAGACUUGUACGUCACUGUCGAGCCCUGCAUCAUGUGCGCCUCUGUGCUGCGUCAAUUCCGCAUCCGCGCCGUCUACUUUGGCUGUCUCAAUGAUCGUUUCGGCGGCUGUGGUGGAGUGAUGCGUAUCUGUGACGAUCCCAACAUCGAACCUCCCUACAAGAUCUAUGGUGGCAUCUACAGAGCUGAGGCUAUUAUGCUGCUUCGUCGCUUCUACCUUUUUAUAGCCCCUGAGCCUAAGCAGAAGAAGAACAGAGAGCUCAAGACUGACAUUAUGCCUCUGGUCAACAUGAAGAACCCUGAAGGUUGA